GUUUUUUUUUUUUUUUGUGGCAACUACAAGCUUUGAAGUCGUCUUCCUGCGUGGAGGCGAGGAAACAGAAGACAGGAAGUAGGAGGCGUACAGAGUGACUUUAGUGAUCACUUCAACACCGGAGAAAGGCCAUGAAGAUGAGUUCGGUGUGCCUUCUUAUUUUCAUCAAGCUCUGUGAGGCCUCUGCACAGCUGAUCUUUGCUCAGCGGACUCAGACUCAGUCUCUCUUACUGUCUUGUUCUCUGGAGCGGGGUCCCGGUAGCCUGACAGGCCUCCACCUGUACCACCGCAGAGGCCACGCCCAGACGACCCUGCUGUCCAUCAGUGAGCACGGAGACCUCAGGGUCGACCUGGAGCACCAGGGGCGCCUGCAGCUCUGUGGAGGACUGGACUCCUUGCACGUCAACGUGACCUUGAUCCAUUUACAGCCGAGUGAUGCCGGCCUGUACAUGUGGGAGCAGAGCUACAGGCAGAACCGGUCGGACCGGACCCGCCUCACUGAACAAAAACUCUUUUUGAUGGUUGAAAGUUCAGGUACGUCAUUUGGGUUUUGUACCCGUUACUCUUCGCUGCUCCUUGUCAACUUUACGACAGCUGGGUUUCUGGUACUCAUCCUCAGUUGUUUGCUUGUCGAUAAACGUGUGAAGACGGGAAAUCAAGACAUGCCGCAGGCUCCGGUUUCAGUUCCCGUCUAUGAGGAAAUGGCCAGGAAGCAGCAGAUGACCACAACUGCUCAAAAUAACCACAGCACCCCCUCACACCCUGAGGAAGCUAAAUUUCCUGUGUACGCCAACCCCAACAUCAGACACCAACAGGAAAACUACUAUGCCUGCCCCCGACCCGUCACAAGGAUACAAUAAAGGUUCCAGCCUCACCAACGAGCCCACUACAGCAGCGAGCAUCGAAAACGUCUAUGGGCCAACCAACAUCCAGCACAGAGACGUAAAACCAUUGAUGGACAAAACAAUCAGCACAUUUUGACAUUUUGUCCAGGAAUAAUGUUCAAUGUUUUUCCAGCUCUUUUUUUCCAGCUCUUUAAGGAUUUACAUUGAUUCUACAUUGUAUAUUAUUACCUGCAAUGACAAAUCGAUGGUUUUCCGUGCUUAGAAUCAAACCCUAAAUAUCUACAUGGGAUCUACAUGGCCCCCCGCUGGAGAAGAAUAGAACAAUUAAUGGCUGUUCCUCUAUACACAGUCUGCUUGUUAUGUUUGCCAAAUUUAUUUGUUUGUCUGGCCGUUAGGAUUACGUCAAACUACUGCAUGGAUUUUGACGAAAUUUCACCACAGAUGGAUAUUAGACCAUGGAAGACCCUAUUAAAUUUUGGAGGUGAUCCGGAUCCAGAUUCUGGAACAAAGUUUCACAUUAUGCUUUAAAGGAAUAUGUCAAACCUACUCCACGAAUUCUCACCAAAUGUGCACCACAGAUAGCUAUGGUAGGGUAUGGAAGACUCUACUAAAUUUUGGUGGUGAUCCGAAU